GGGGAAGAUGGAGAUGAAGGUAGAGUGUUGGAGGGUAGACAGGCAGGUGAGUUAUGGUGGAGGACAGCAGAGGGGUCCAGACAGCAGGUCCACGGGAGCGGGCAGAGGAGCAGUAAGGAGAUUCAAAAUCUUGUGGUGAGUUCUCCAAACGAGGAGCAAGAGGACCGAAAUCCAGGAACGCACCGUGGACUGGAAACCAGUUUAUUCGGGAAGGAGGACAAAAGAGAAGCAUAUUUUGCUCCAGAACGUUCCACUCAAAGUUUUUCUUCUACAACAGCAGCAGGUCUCAAGCAUCAACUCCUUAGGUUGGUCUACACACCUCUGAGCCCCAUAAGACAACCUGCUAGCAGAUGGCGAACUCUCAGAUUAAAGAGGGCAAGGACAUAUGUUUCCCCCAACAAGAGAGCAACAAUUUGAGCUUGAGGUCUACAGCUCUGAACAGGAGACACAGCUCAGACGGGACCAUCAGCUCAGGAUCGGGAUCAGAACGAUCCCCUGCUGACCGUUUCCAUCCGUACCGUCGGCAGUUUAGCGAUGGAGCAGGGGAGGCUGCACGUUGCCUGCAACAAAGCACCUCUUCCUUUAGCAGCCUGCAGGAAGUGAGCAGCCCUGACACUCGUUCAUGCAGCUGUGACGUGCAAACAACAUGGGGUGAAUACAACGGCAGCAUUCAGAGUUCAUACUCAGAGCUACCAUCAUUACCAGUGGAACCUUACAGUUCUCUGUCUCAAAGUUAUGCAUCAUACAGCCCGGUGAGCCCCAUGCAGCAGGUCUCAGCAAAACUGUAUCCUAAUGCUGAUCAGUCAGACAGCUCUAAAUAUUCUCUUCAGAGUCUCUCCAUUCAGCCACAUCAGGAGAGAUCAACAGAAGCCCUCUUCCCCAAACCGAUUUACUCCUACAGCAUCUUGAUUUUUAUGGCUUUGAAGAACAGCAAAACAGGAAGUUUGCCAGUCAGUGAGAUCUACAGUUUCAUGACUGAACACUUCCCAUAUUUUAAGACUGCACCUGAUGGGUGGAAAAACUCAGUAAGGCACAACCUUUCCUUGAACAAGUGCUUUGAGAAGGUGGAAAACAAAAACGGGAGCACUUCUCGUAAAGGCUGCCUUUGGGCGCUAAAUCCAGCCAAGGUGGAGAAGAUGCAGGAGGAGUUGCACAAGUGGCGUCGCAAAGACCCCCAGACUAUCCGCAGGAGCAUGGCAAAGCCAGAAGAUUUUGAUCAUCUGCUGGGAGAGAAGCCAGACAAACUAAGAUCGUUGCCACCUUACCCUAACACAAACACAGCUACAUCAAAAAGAGUGGGCCCUAUGUACAGCCCCACCCGAUCACCUCUGAACUCUGCUCAGCCUGCCCCGGCAUACCAACCCAAUCGACAGUCAGACUACUCUCAUCGUCAGCCUCACCAGCCCUACUACCUUCCCCACACAACUGUUCAGCCCAGCAACCCAUUUGCCCUGUACUCACCGUGCGGACAACAACCUGCAGCUGGCGUCCCGUCACCCUCUGGAUGUCUGAACUCACCCAUAGCUGGGAAGAUGCCACCUGUUUACAGUCUCGGACUGCUGGGAGAGUACAAUGUAGGCCUGAGGGGUAUGCAUGAGUUGCUUCAAGAUGGAGACACCAGUUAUGACAUAGACACACUCAACCCUAGUCUGACUGACCUUCAGCUGCAAGGUAACUUGUGGGAGGAAUUAAGGGAGGACAGCUUGGUGUCAGAGCCAAAUGGUCCCACCACAACCCCUUCCACCUUCUGUCCCCUGCAGGGCCGCCACCUACAGACCAGCUGCCCUCAGGCCCCGCUUGCAUUCAGUCCCACAUUCGAGGGGAGUGCUGGACCUCGCUGUAAAGCAGCAUAUGAGGACGAGGACGCAGAAAGAAGCUGCUGGAAUGGACUACAUCCUGUUGGAUAUUCAGGAUUGGAAAGUUUGGCCGGAUAUCUGACUUCCUGCACCACUUCUGUCUCCUUGAUGUAAACAUUUUCUCUCUCCACCUUCUCUGAGAAUCCAUCAUCUUCUCUUAGUUGACCUGAAUGGGGAUUAUUGUUGCAAGCACCUUUGCAAACUUUUUGUUUUGAUGAAAUUUCUCCUUUGGUUCACAUUUUACUCUUAGCUGUAACACAUUGUUAAAUUGAAUCACUGAUAUUUCUUUAUUGAAUGUGUUUUUUUAGAUUUAUUUGCCAAGUUGUCUAUUUAUUUACCAUGAGCUCAGUGUGUUUUGAUUGUGAUGUAUGAAAUAUCUUAAACGAUUUAAAGUUUUUGUUGGUUGUUAUUGUUCCACUUCUUUAGUUGGCAUUAAUCAGCUUUAACUGCAGCCAGGUCAAUCCCCUAUUUUUAUUAUUAAAGCAGCUGUAAAUAAAAACUGUUAUCAGUGUAUUAAUGAAAAGAUAAAAAUGUACACUUCUAAUCACUGUUUUUUCCUGAUAUUAAACUUCCCGUUUGCUUA